AUGACAGAAUUUGACAGUUUUCAUGUGCCUUCCAUCAGUUUGGAACACGAGGAUGAUCAUGGAUAUGUGCAUUCUCAUUCAUUGUCACUUCCCAUCGUGGAUUUAGGACAAAUUGCUGCAGCCAAUCAUUUGGGAUUUGGAUUUGCAAUGAUGUCAACAACAUCAUCGGGUCAAAAUGGUGGAUCACUCUGUGAAGACGAUGCUCUGAAAACAAUGCUUUACGAAGCGACUUGUCGUGGAGAUUUAAAAUCUGUUCAACAUUAUUUGACAGAGAUGGAAAAACAGUAUCGACUGUCCGUAGAAAAUGGAACCUUGUCAUCGAGCGCUCUGUCCUCUUCAUCGACGAGUUUAAUUUUCAAUUCGUUGUCACCAUUGACGCAUGACAUUCGUCACAUUGUGUUGACCACAACUUUUCCAGACCAUCACGAUUGCACUCUCAUUCAUGCAGCUGCAAAAUAUAAUCAAGUGGAAAUGCUACAAUGGCUUUUGACAGGAGAUAUUGCCAAAUGCAGUUCUCAAAGUACAAUAACAUCAAGCGCUUGUGACGAAAUUAGUGUCGAAGCAGAUUCUGGAAACACUUCUUCGAAUCAACAACAAUAUUCAGCAUUUACUUCACCUAGGUCUUCCAUUCAAGCUCAACUCUUGUCAACCAAAGACAAGUACGAUGCCACACCCAUUUUCUAUGCCUGUCAGUCAUCAGCAAAUGAUGCUUGUGCUUAUUUAUGCAGUUUUAAAGUUGUUCAGGAACAACUUAACACCAGUCACGACCGAUAUGGUUAUCUUCCCUUGUAUAUAUCUCUCAAGAAAAAAGAUUAUGAAAUGUGUGACCUUCUUCAAUUAUUUGGAGCUAAAAUCGAUGUGUUAAUUGGAAAUAGUGAAACAUUUUUGCAUCAUGCAGUUCGAGAAAAAGAUUUACAAAUGAUUGAAUAUAUUGCAGCAAUCAAACCAUCCUUAUUAUUAAGGAAAAAUCAAAGAGAAGAGAAUCCUCUCUUUUCAUGCCUCAAUGACGGACGAGGAGGUAGAAAACGUAAAAAACGUGCUGAAAUUUCUGCCACAACCAAUUCCGAUUUGGAAUUUUUGGAUGUGGCUGACAAGUUUGGAUCUAUCUUUUCAGAAACGAGUGACAGUUUUUUACUUGGUAAUGGAAGCGAAGGAAGUGCUCAGUCGUCAUUAACUUUGACAAGUUUGAGCAGUAGUGUUCACACACCACAGUACGCCAACAGUACCUCCGCAUUGGUCAUGAAUGACCAUCCGCAUGAAGAUGACAAAUUAUUUGUCUCAACUUUUCUUUUUAAGGGAACAACGAUCUUUGGAAUUGAAACAUUUGAAAAGGCGUUUCUACAAAAGAAUGCAUUUGGUAGAAAUAUCUUCAUGGAAUGUGCCGUAUUGAACGAUUUGAAAACCAUGAAUCAUUUAAUUGCAUUUUUGAAAGAUUACUGCGCGAAUAGUUCUUCCGAUCGAUUCAUCACCUUGCUGCUCACAGAAACCGAUCAACAACAUCGAAAUAUUUUGCAUUUAGCGGUUGACACUUGCGCAAAACAAGCAGGUUCAUGGAUUUCACGACAUUUAAUUCAAUUAGAGACCUUGUCAGAUCGACCUGUGGAACGAAGUUCCAUGUCCUCUCUGUUUAGUUCUCGAUCAGCGGUUUCAAAUGUGGAAAUUGAAACAUUUAUUGCACAUCAACGAUGGAUUUCAUGUCUUGAAACUGUUUUAGAUUUGCUUGAAUAUUGUUCCAAUUAUACAACAUCGUCACUCAGCGGAUUAUUUUAUGUGAAGGAUCGCAUGGAUUGCAUACCUGAAGAAAAGUCUAAAGAAACACUCAAAGAAUUUCAAAUUGGGUCGAAUAAUGCACAACAAGUUCAACAAAAUAUUUCAAGUACUCUUCAGAAUGCUGUCAAACAAAUUAAGAGUUUGGAACGACGAAAAUUGAAACCUAAAACCAAAACAGGAUCCUUCUCAUGGAGAAAGAGUCAACGUUCGACGAAUAACAUUUUCGAACAAUCACCAGAGGGAGUUCCAGCAGUAAGACAUUCUGUGAUGGAUACUCCUCAUAAGGCGAUGAAUAAGAGUGUUAUUGUUGCUGAUGAUUUGGAUGUGAUGAACAACAAUAGACUCUCGAUGCUGUCUCCUCUCUCAGCGGAACGUCAUGCAGAUAAAACUUCAACAGCGUCAUCCAAGCUUAAAAAACUGAAAGCUGCAUUCUUAAAGAGAUUAAACAAGUAA